AUGAAUCGUUUGGAUGAUCCAUCUAAUUUCAUAAAAGGUCGCAAACCAACUUUUAUUGGAAUGAACGGUGGACCAGAAACUGAUGAUCAGCAACGUGCACGCUUCCAAGAACCAGAGUACGCAAAAUACUUAAAGUAUCCCAUGUGCUUGUACUUUCUUGACCUUCUCCAAUACGAACAUUUUAGACGCGAAGUAGUUAACUCACAGUGCACGAAAUUCAUUGAUGAUCAGCAAAUAUUACUCUGGCAACAUUAUACCCGUCGUCGUACAAGGUUACUGCAAACUGCCAGUGAACAAACUCAACAACAUGUCACACAAAAUAAUGGAAUAGUUCAACCUAAAGUUCCUUAA